UUGUCAUUAAGUAGAAUUGACCUGAAAUAUGCUGAAAUAUCCGAUCACAUUUGACCCUUAACCGGUAGUUAAGUUAAUCGGUAGUUGUGAAACUGGCCCUAAGUUGCAAACGCUCCAUCGUUAGUUGCAAAGAAUUAACUAGUAUGUAUGUGUAUGUAUGUACUAUUUCCGGUGACAACAGACAGUCGUGGCUGCCAAUGUGUUCUAAAAUCAUAUGAUGCUAUCUCUUCACAUUCGACUGUGAUUGGUCGAUUCUUAUGGCUUACAACUUAUGCAUCGAUUAAUAAUUGUAGAAAGCUCAUUUUUAAAUAGCGUUUUUUAUUAAAAAAACUAGUGCGCACUGAGUGUGCAUCCGCCGCUGGCAAUUGGACGUUUCGAUUCGCGCGAUGACGAUGCCAACGGAAACGCCCAAUUACCUGUGGCAAGUGUAUACUCAAUGCGCACUAGUUUUUCCAAUGAAAAACGCUAAAAAGUUCCGUGAUUCCGCUACAUCCACUGAUCCACACGAUCCACACCAUCCAUGAUGAUCCAUGCAUAUGACAGAUUUCCUAACCUGUCCUAACCUGAAUAGUCAAUUUUAAACCAUUUUAAACGAUUAUCUCGCUUCGCGAAGCAGAGACGGAUUUUUUGCCAGAUUCUUUCGUUUCAUGUACAAAUGUGUAGCAUAAUUUAAUUGAUAUUUAUACUAGAGAAACUAAACUGAAUAAUUACUAAAGAACACACGUUAUAUAUAGAUUACGUAUCUGCAGAACCAUGUGAUUAUAGAAUUGAUCUUAUUUAUUUAUAAUUCAAACAUUUCAUCUAACCAAACAUAAUGCCAAAAGUUCGCACGCAAAUAACUUCUCGCGUUCAUACGGAAGUGGCGAGACAAGGAAUUUUAUUUAAUAAAGAUAAGGGUCAGCAUAUACUGAAAAACCCUUUGGUUAUUCAAACCAUGGUUGAAAAAGCUGCCCUCAGGGCAACUGAUGUUGUGCUGGAGAUUGGUCCUGGUACAGGCAAUAUGACUGUAAAAAUGCUUGAUAAGGCAAAGAAAGUAAUAGCGUGUGAAAUUGAUCCGAGAAUGGUUGCAGAAUUACAAAAGCGUGUUCAAGGAACUGUAUAUCAGUCCAAAUUACAAAUAGUGCUUGGAGAUGUAUUAAAGUCAGAUCUGCCUUUCUUUGACUUAUGUGUCGCCAAUAUUCCAUACCAGAUUUCAUCACCAUUGGUAUUUAAGUUACUUUCACACAGACCACUUUUCAGAUGUGCUGUGCUUAUGUUUCAAAGAGAAUUUGCAGAACGUUUGGUAGCUAAACCCGGUGACAAAUUGUAUUGCCGCUUAAGCAUCAACACACAAUUGCUAGCACGAGUAGAUAUGUUAAUGAAAGUUGGGAAGAAUAACUUUAGACCUCCGCCUAAGGUGGAAUCAAAUGUAGUGAGAAUCGAGCCAAGAAAUCCACCACCACCCAUCAAUUAUCAAGAAUGGGAUAGCCUGACACGAAUUGCUUUCAUGAGAAAAAAUAAAACACUGUCGGCAGCUUUCAAACAAACUACAGUUGUUACUAUGUUAGAGAAAAAUUAUAAGAUUCACUGUAGUUUGAACAACAAGAUUGUUCCAAAUAAUUUUGAUAUCAAGCAUUUGAUAAAUCAUGUGUUAGAGAAAGCAGAUUCUAAGAAUAAACGAGCUAGGACUAUGGAUACAGAUGACUUUAUCAGCCUUUUACAUGCAUUCAAUGCGGAGGGUGUGCAUUUUACAUGAAUUUAUCUAUUACGAUAUACAUUAUUUAUGUAUAAACUAAAAUUUUUAUAAAUAAUAUAAAAUAAACAUGCUUUAUUAAAGAAAUAAA